AGCCGAAAGCAUCACUCUCGUAAAGAGCGCACUCAAAACACCAGCCGAACAUAAAAAUCGCUCUGAGGGCGCAAAAAGUGCGCACCAGAGCGUCCAGCCGAAAACGCUAUUAAUCAUUUUGCUGUGAGUUGUAGGGUAACCAGUCAGAAAAAUGUCAGGCAACUAGAUGUACGAGAAAAUUUCGAAGACGACGAGGAACUUGCCGUAUUAAGUACGAUUGAAACAAGAAACGUACACGAAAUUUCAUGGAAUGAAAAUGUCAAGGUCGAAGAUAAAUAUGUACGAUUUAAAUUAGAUAGUGGAGCGUGGAGCCCAGGUAAACAUACUUCCGGAACGGAUUUUCAAACAAAUCAAUCACCAGGUGGAUCUUAGACGUACCGGCUUAAUAUUAGAAGCGUUUGGUGGAGCACAAAUAAAACCUGAAGGUAUUAUGAAGUUAAAGUGUAAAUGUAAAAAAGUGGAAGUGUUAGCUGACUUUGUGAUAACGAAAGGAAACGUUAAUCCCAUUUUAGGGUUAAAGACUUGCGUAGAAUUAAAUUUAAUUAAUAGAGUGGAAAUGGUUGUAUUGAAUGACAAAGAUAAGUUUAUAUCAGAUAAUCAUGAUUUGUUUCAGGGCUUGGGAAAAUUUUAUGAGAAAUGUAGUAUAGAGUUACGAGAUGAUGUAAAACCAGUGGUCAACCCACCUCGCAGAGUUCCCUUGUCAGUAAAAGACAAAUUGAAAGAUAAAUUAAAAGAACUGGAAUGUAAAGGUAUAAUUAGUAAGGUCGAAAAGCCAACAGGUUGGGUAAGCAAUUUAAUAAUUGUUGAAAAACCAGAUAAAAGUAUUAGAUUAUGUUUAGAUCCUAAGUAUUUAAAUUUAGCAAUGAAACGUAUCCCUAAUGUGCUAAUUCCCACCGUUCAGGAAAUUAUGACAAAUUUAUGUAACAAAAAAGUAUUUACAGUACUCGACUUAAAAGACGGGUUUUGGCAGAUAGAGUUGACAAAAGACUCGAGUGAUUUGUGUACUUUUAGCACACCUUUUGGAUCUUAUAAAUUUCAUAGAAUACCAUUUGGUAUAAAGAUCGCCCCUGAAUAUUUUCAGUACCUUAACGAAAAAAAUUUUGAUGAUAUAAGAGGAGUUACGGUUUAUUUUGAUGAUUUAUUAAUUAGUGCAGAUACAGAAAAAGAACAUGAUGAAAUAUUGAAAAAAGUUAUAGAGAGAGCAAGGCAAAUGGGUGUUAAAUUUAACAAGAAUAAGUUGCAAUUUAAACAAGAAAGUGUUAGGUAUUUAGGGCAUAUUUUUUCAAGUGAAGGGGUCAAAGUUGAUCCUGAGAGAGUGAAGGCAAUAGAGGGGUUAAAGGCUCCCGAAUCUAAAAAAGAGUUACAGUCAUUAUUAGGCAUGCUAAAUUUCUUAAGACCAUUUAUAAGUAAUUUGUCAGAAUUGACUAGCUCAUUAAGGGGCUUGCUGAAAGACAAUGUUGUAUUUGAAUGGUUACCAUGUCAUGAUGAUGCAUUAGUAAAUAUUAAGAAAGUACUUGCAAAUUCUCCAACAUUAGUAAGUUUUGAUACUAACAAAGAAAUAACAAUUCAAGCAGAUGCAUCCCAACAUGGGUUAGGGUGUUGCUUAAUGCAGGAAUUUAAACCAGUAAGUUACGGAUCUAGAAGUUUAACAAAUACAGAAAAAAAUUUUGCGCAAAUAGAAAAGGAAUUUUUAAGUAUAGUUUUUGCAACAUUAAAAUUUCACAAUUAUAUUUAUGGUAGGAAAAUAACUGUUAUUACUGAUCACAAACCUCUUAUAGGCCUGUUUAAAAAAUCUAUUGCAGAUAUAAGCUCGUCACGAUUAAAAAGAAUGAGGAUUAAAUUGUUAAACUAUGACAUCACAUUAAAAUAUUGUCCAGGUAAACAAAUGCACAUCGCUGACUGUUUGUCUCGUUAUAGCAUUAGUAAUUCACCGGUUGUAGAUCAAGCAUGGUUAGUUGAAAAUGUUCAUUCUAUUAGUUGGAGCUUGAAUAUAACUAAAGAAAAAAGGAUAGAAUUUCAGACUGCUACUGAAAGAGAUCCUAAUUUACAGCAAUUAAAAAACUACUAUGUUAAAAGUUGGCCAAAAUCAAUAAAAGAGGUUCCUGAUAAUUUAAAGAUGUACUUUAAGUUGCAAAAUGAAAUUGUUUUUGAAGAAGGAUUAUUGUUUUUAAAUUUUAGAGUUAUUGUGCCAUUAGAAUUAAGAAAGUAUGUACUAAAUUUAUUGCAUGAGCCACAUUUUGGUUUAGAAAAAACGAAAUGCAGGGCAAGACAGUUGGUUUAUUGGCCAGGUUUAAACAAAGAUAUAGAGAAUUGUAUUACAAAAUGUUCAGUGUGUGAAUACUAUCAAAGCUCGAAUGUACGACAACCAUUAAUACCGCAUAAAAUUCCAAAUCUGCCAUUUAAUAAAAUAGCUGCUGAUAUAUGUGGUUAGAAAUAUUACCUUUGCGUAAUAAAACAUCGGAGGAAGUCAUAGG